GAGAAUUCGGCACUGUCAUGGUAUUAGCUGUCAGAAGUGAAAGUAGAAAAAUCUGACAAGGAACGUUACUGCUGGUUUGAGUUGAUUCUUUGGCUACUGACAGCUAAUACCAUGACUGGCCGGAGCGAGCUAUCUGUCUGUCUGUCUGUCUGUCUCUCUCUCUCUAUCUAUCUAAUACUCGAAAGUUAUUGGAACAAAUUUGACACCUAUAUCCAUGCGUUUGAAAACACACAGAGUGGUCCCGAACGCGCAGUCGCGCGUCCGCGCUAGCUAGUCGUCACGAUGGGUUCCAAUGAUGAAUUAGUGAAAUUGUGGCUUUCUGCUGAUGCUGUUUGUUUUGAUGUUGAUUCCACUCUUUGCAAAGAAGAAGCAAUUGAUGAACUUGCAAAGUUCUGUAGAGUUGGUGAAGAAAUUAGAAAAUGUACCAUUGAAGCAAUGAAUGGUAAUAUUAGCUUCCAAGAUGCAUUAAGAACCAGGUUAAAUAUUAUUAAACCAAGUAAAAAUAUUCUUAAACAGUUUCUAGAAACUCAUCCACCAAAAUUAACCGAUGGAGUCAAAGACCUGAUACUUAUACUACAGGAAAAAAACAUUGAUGUCUAUCUUAUUUCGGGAGGAUUCCGUACCAUCAUUGAGACUGUUGCCAAAGAAGUGAACAUUCCAAAAGAUCAUAUAUUUGCAAACAGGUUGCAGUUUGAUCAAGAUGGUAAUUAUGUUAGUUUUGAUAAAGCAGAGCUCACUGCCAAGAGUGGUGGUAAAGGACAAGUAAUUCAACUUUUGAAAGAUAAGCAUAAUUAUAGCAAUUUAAUUAUGAUCGGUGAUGGUGCAACUGACAUGGAAGCUUGUCCUCCUGCUGAUGCUUUUAUUGGUUUUGGAGGUAAUGUUGUGAGGAAGAAAGUGAAGGAAGAAGCAAAAUGGUUUGUGAUGUCUUUUACAGAAUUAAUUAAUCUAUUUUAAAAUGGUUCCAAUAAUGUGGAGUUGUAAAAAAAGCUGCAAGUGACUGACAUAUUGAAGUGCCAGCCUAUGAUUUAAUAACAAGAUUGUAAAUCCUCAGUCUUCAGAUGGUGGUUUGAAACCCUAACUACAUAUUUACAUGAGACUAUCUGAGAGCUUUUUUAACAAAGUCCAAUAAGUAAGAAUCUAUUCUCACCAGAAACCCUUGGAAUGAGAUAAAACCCUGCCACAUAUCAUUAAAAAUAAGAUUCAACACACAA